AUGAGCGGAUUCCAGGCCCAGGACCAGCAACGCGCCGCAGCAGCAGCCAUCCUACUGUCGCCCUCCACGCUCACUGCGUUUGCCAGCAAGGAGGGCAUUCCGGUCGCCCGUGCCCAGCUGAAGCUGAUCAAGGCAAGGGCGGGGAGUGAGCUGGCCGUGCGGCGCCAGCAGCCUGCCGAGCAGCAGCAGUCCCAUCAGGCAGCUCCAGCCGAGGCGCCGACAGGCAGCAGGGACGUUGGCAUGGAUGCUGCCGACCCGUAUCGCUUUUAA